CUUUUUUUUCACUACUUUUUCUCAUACCAGCUUUACUUAGUUUUUUUUUUAGCAAACAUGUUUUCUCGUCGUUUCUCACGAACAAAAUUCUUAGAAACUUGUAAAGCAGUCGCUAUUGAAUACUCUAUUCUGGACAAUGACGAAUAUGCUUCGGACGAAGAAAUACAAUAUUUUAUGAUUGAUAUGGAAAACCUGAACAAUGGCAUCGAAUACUUUCAUUCCGACAUAUUUGAACGCGUUACAACAUUCUAUUCAGGUGUUGAAGAAGUGCUAGAAGAAUUGGAACUCGAUCAACAGAAAUUGAACGGUUGGCAUUAUCACGUUUUCAACAUUCAUGUUGCUGAGGCUCUUGGUCUUGUGGAUUAUGAAGACUUCUGCGUCUUUGGUGAUGAUUCCCUCUUCUUUUUCGUCACUAUUUAUAAACAACAACAUCAACAAGAAAAGCAACAAAAACAACAAAAACAACGUGAAAAACAGCAACAGCAACAACAACUACAACAGCAACAACAGCAACAACAACAACAAACAAUCGAUACGAACAUACAAACCAUAUACUCUGAUAUCCCAAGACUGCAACGAAAAUGUGUUGACUUAUACAGGCUAUACAAGUUAUUACUUCCUACACAAUCGACUCUGGAUGCACAUGCCAAGCUUAUCGCAAAACUGAACUCGAUGCUUGAAAUUCAAUGGCGUCAUGCAGGUUACAAAGUGUGCGAAUUUGGAUCUUCUGUUAGUGGACUAUUAGUGGAUGGAUCGGAUUUGGAUCUUUGUAUUGUACUACCUGGUGAUGAAAUGAUGUUGGAAUAUUAUAGGGAUCAAAUGAGAAAGAGCCAUCAUCAAGGUACUAAUUCAACUUCAGUUUUCAACGUGAUCUUUUUGGCAAAACAAUUGGUAAAAAUUGGUAUGGUCAAUGUACAAGCCAUCAAUGCUUCUGUACCUAUAUGCAAGUUUAUGGAUCCUAUUACCAAACUCAACUGUGAUCUCAGUAUUCACAAUACCUUAGCCAUAGAAAACUCAAAACUCAUUCAGACGUAUGCUUCUUUGGAUACUCGAAUUCGACCUUUGAUGUACUUGAUCAAAUACUUCACGAAACGGCGAUCUAUCAAUGAUGCUGUACAAGGAACUCUCAAUAGUUAUGCAUAUUCCAUUCUUUGUCUACAUUACCUCAUGAAUACUAAUGAACCUCUUAUUCCCAACCUUCAAAAAUUGCCAAAUUCAUGUCGUGAUCCAUCUUGUGCUGCAAAGUGGAACAAUGGACCCCAAGGUUUACGUCGCUUCCUCUAUCGUGGUAGUAUCAAGAGCUAUAAUACUUUCUUUCACAACUGUUACAAAGUAGAUAGUGCCUAUGAUAAACUACUAGAAGCUAACAAUCAUCACCUAUCAAGAUCGACAUCUUCAUCAAAAACAAGCGUCUGGCAUUCAUACAACAGUAUGGAUUUACAUUCGUUGUUAGUUGGUUUCUUCGACUUUUAUACUGAUUUUGAUUUCGAUAAUGACAAUAUUGGCUUAUAUUAUGGAACAAGGAACAGAAAUUCAUCAACCAGAAAUGACAACAUAGUAGUGGAUGAUCCGUUUAUUCCUAGAAACGUCGCAGGAACUUGUACAAGUAAUGGAUUAGCACUGAUUCAAGAUGAAUUUCGUCGAGCUUAUAAUAUGUUGACCAACGGUGCCACCUUUGAAGCUGUUUGUUCUAUACCCAACUUGCGCAACCGACCUUAUGAUCCUCAUGCUCUUGCAAAUCGACCUGGAUUUCAAAACACUAGGGCACAUAUUUCUGAAUCACAGCAGACCAACAGAACCAUCAAUCAUAAUAACGGUAGAUCCGGUAAUGGAAACAACAAUAGGAACAGUAACAAUGGUGAUAUCGAAUUGACGUACACUGAAUUGCUUAUGAAAAUCAAUCAUAUUUCAGAACGCAUUCAAAGUAUGUAUCUUACUUAAAAAUUGAUAACUGCAAUCUCGAAAACGAAAUGAAUGAACAGUAUGAACCAACAAUUCCGACAAUCUCUGAUACACCCAUACCCUCUUGCUAUAUUUUAUUCUAUCUUGUAUAUAUUUAUUUAGUUUUUUUUUCCCAUUUCUCUUUUAUAUUCAACUAUUUUCGUAUUCAUUUUCAUUAGAUACCUUUUAUUGUUUUUAUUAUUUAUUUGAAAUAAAAAAGAAAAAUCAUAACAA